AUGUCAAACGCCACAUAUUCUUUUGAAGAAUUUCAGUUCUUCUAAUAUUUCAUCUUCAUCAGUGUGUCACAAGUCACAACUCAUUAGGCUGAUUAAGCCUUCGAAAGAGAUUUGACAAAGAAAAGAUGAUGUGACAUUUUUCAUUGCAUAGCUGUCACCUACACUCAUCAUUGUUGCAGCCUUUGGUGUUAAGACAAAUAUUAUCCAUUGGUUAAGAUGUCUAACGAUGUGUUCAUGUCAUCAUCUGUAUCCUGUCUUGUUAAACUAAAUAACCGGGUAUAUGUAGUCACAUAAAGGACACGACUCAACUUAUGCAGAUUUCAGAUUCAUAAGGCUUUGCACGCUGCACUAAGCAUUGUUGUCAUGUUCCAGGGAUGAGAAAGAAAAAUAUGAAGUCGCCUUCAUUCAUGAGCCACUUUGUGCAGUCUGGAGUGUGAUCCCCUCAUCGUCACAUUUCCGCAACAUUUUUUCUCCUCACUGCAGACACUCCCACCUUUAAUUGAGGACAGUGAUGAGGUGAAACCAGGUGAAAGCUUGGUUCGGUUGUAGACAAACAGAUAAAUAGAAAUGAUGAGUUGGAGAAGAAUUUUAACUUUAAAGAGCAGCCUGCAGCUUAACAUCACUGAUGCUUUGUCAGACAUUAUACAUCCAGUUUGUUACUGCACGAUUUUUGGUGACACUGUCAGAUGUGUACAUUCAAUUACUGUUCAAUUAUUAUUCAACUGUUAGUGGUGGUGUUGAACUGGACUGCACUGUGAGAAACACCUCUCAGUAUAACGCAGUCUAAAACAACAACACCACUAACUAUGACCUGAUUGAAAAAAAACUUUUAACACCUCUAGGAACAAUAAAAACAAAAACUGAACAUUAUAAUAAAAUAAGAAGAAUAAACUGAAUAAAUAAAUUGACUUUAAGAUAGAACUGUCAUAUUAGAUUGCAUUAGGCUGUAUAAGUGUACCAAAUAAAAGUGGACACUGAGAGUAAUAGGAGUGUACUGUAUAUAAACAACAUCUGCAGACUUUAUAGUCAUACAGACCUCAUAUUUUUCACUGGUUCUCUUGUUCCUGGACAGAAUUUGUCGUGCAUUCAUCAGUGCAUGGCUUUCUUCUACAGCAUUAAUUCAGUUAGCUCAACGCCAGUCAUAUACUGGGCCUGUCAGGGCCAAUCAAUGGAUUCAAUAAAUCCACACUUGGCAGGAGCACAAAUCCAUCAAUUUAGCCAACUCUUAUCAAAAUAACGUAAUUUGAAACUAUUGAUUUCCCAUAGAUCAGACCACAGGUUCAGCUCCAGCACUUAUGGAUUCAGUGCUGUGCUGUUGAUAUGGAAGUGGACCGAGUUGGAACGCGUGGGUAUUUAGGAUCUAAAUCAACAUUUCACAGUUUAGUCCUGCAGGGCUUAAUGAAUUCAAUAACUCAGACAUCCCAUUUUAACUAAUUCAACUCAUUGUGUUGUUUCCUGAACCACAGAACUAUCGCAUUGUGUGACAGAAAACUGACAUCAAACAGUAGUGUCAAGGCUAUGAUGCAUACACGGACAACAGCACAAGAAACAAGAACAGGAGGCAGGGAUUUUCUUUACUGGUAGCUUAACUACAGGAGAUAUUUCAACAAAGUGAUAAAUCAGAAGACAUUAUGACAUGAAAUUGGUCUUUAAAUCUAUUUGGACAUUUUAGGUGCUAACUGAUUGUUUUGUUAUAAGUGGGAGGAGUUUUUGUGCGAGCAAGGUAGGAAGAAUUCAGAUGAAGGACCCAAAUGCAGACAACUGAAACGGAUCUGGUGCAGUUCAGGACAUGACUAAAGUAAGACAAUAAGACAGAGACAAACAGUGAGGCAGAUGGGUAGGGAGGAUGAGGUUCUGUGGUCAGAAGUGACAAGCAAGUGGGCCUUUGGGGAAAUGUGAAGUGUCAUUGACAAACUCAGAAGAGAGGAAGGUUUAGUGCAAUUAUAUAUGUAUAUAUGUGUGUGUGUGUGUGUGUGAGAGAGAGAGACAGUGAGAAUGAGAGUGUGUGGGCAGAGAGAGAUGAGGUCAGUGUAAGUGAUGGAUAAUUUGAGCAGUCACUGUCGGACAUCGUGCUUGCCUCUCUCCACCCACAAACCACCUGUUACUGUGUUAUAGCUGCAGUCUGUGUGCGAAUGUGUGUGUGAGUGUGGCUCUCAUUUAGGGCAGUGUGAGGACAUGUCACCAGUCUGCUGUGUGUGGACAACCCCCCUGGCAGUCCACUGGAGAGAGCCCAGAGGGAACAGUCCAUCUCAGGUCCCAGUGGUCCAUCCACACUCUCAGUAUAAUCUCCACAUUCAGUUACAGCUGCUAGACAAAGAGUAAAAUGGAAAGAGAGUGAUGAUGUGGGUGGUACAAUAAUCAACGCCUGAUUUAAAAGAGAAUUAUCCUGGAAAUUUGGUACAAUUUAAUGACAGCUUUUUGUCCAAUUAUGGUGCUAUUUGUCCUGCUUGUGAAUUUACGCAUUUCUCAGAUCUGUGGCUUGGCAAUUUUCCCUCCUGCUAACCAAGAUUUGGCCCCUGUUGUUCCCCUUCCUCAGUAAUCAUUUGCAUUUUGAUAAGAUGCUCGGCCACUUUGCUGCACCUGUAGCAUUUAGAAUCUCUUUGUGCUGAGUAGUAAUAGCUACUUCUCUAUACUUUCUGCCCUCCCUUCCUUCCCUGCAUCUGUCACGGUGUAAGCUCUGGUGAAACCCCAAGGUGGAGAGUGUAAUCAACUGCCCCAUGGGUCACCAUGGCUGCCUUGCAUGUCCUCCAUUAUGGCUCUACACUGCUGGAUGCGUCUCAUUGCCUCGUCUAGGAGGAGAAGACAAGCUGCCCAGUUGGGCCAGAGCAGUGGUCCCUAAAAUUUUCUAUAUCACAGAGAAGGCUUGGAACUACUACCCGUACACUAUCACAGAGUACACGUGCUCCUUCCUGCCCAAGUUUUCCAUCCACAUAGAGACCAAAUAUGAGGACAACAAAGGGAGCAAUGAUAAUAUCUUUGGCAGCGAGCCCAGAGAUGAGGAAACAGAGGUGUCGUUCGUGGACAUCGCCUAUGAUGAGAUCCCUGAGCGCCACUACAAGGAGUCAGAGGACCUGAGGCAUUUUAAGUCAAAGAAGACUAACAGAGGCCUACUACAGGAAGGAUGGAUCAACAACCAAGACCCCAUCAUGUGCUCUUACAAACUGGUCACAGUGAAGUUUGAAGUCUGGGGACUGCAAACACGAGUGGAGCAAUUUGUACACAAGGUGAUACGAGAUGUCCUGCUUUUAGGACACAGGCAGGCCUUUGCCUGGGUGGAUGAGUGGAUCGACAUGACCAUGGAGGAAGUCAGAGAGUAUGAGCGUACCACACAAGAAGCCACCAACCUGAAGAUUGGCACCUUUCCUCCUGCCAUCUCCAUCUCUGAGACGCCCCUACCAUCCAGCACCCGCAACGGCCCCAACAGCGCCCCAUCCACUCCGCUCUCAACAGAAGCCCCCGAGUUCCUGUCGGUGCCAAAGGAGCGUCCCAGGAAGAAGUCAGCGCCGGAGACCUUGACCCUGCCAGAUCCAGGCCGCAGGGAUUCCAUCUUCAAACUGCCCAGCUUUUUCUCCUGGAACUCCAGUCCACAGCCAGAAUGAGAGCGAGGCUGCGCCGCUGGUGAACGCACUCGACCUGUGGAUCAGUGGAGGAUGUCUGCCCAGCACAUCCCACAGUCCCCCCCACCCCCCACCAACACUCCUACACCUCAGCCUGCUGAAGUGAAGGAGACUUUUCAAAGCCCUGGUGGUCCCAGCUCCUUCAGCAGACUGGUCGGUGUUACAGCAAAGCCAGCAGCUUUCAGGCUUUUAGACCCUAACAGGUACACACAGGCAGCUCGAUGUCCAAAACAAAAAGUCCUGCGAGUUGUGAAGGUAACAACCGAGAGUCUAACAACAGCAGCUGGAGGCUCCUCACUCCUCUCUCCUCAGCCAGCCAGCACCAUGAAUCAGACAGUAUGGAGUCCAAUUGGUCAGAUUGAGUGUAGCAUACAUUCCUGAAAAUGUUUUUAUCCCACAGAGCAUCACCUUACUUUCAUCCAAGCUCAGGGUGUAUUGACAGCAUAUGUUGAGAUUCAGUCACAGCACAUAAACUUUACAUGUACAGAAUUUGCUUUCAUUUCUGCUUUACUUAUAAGCAACACAGUGUCUGGCUUUGUUAACUGAAGUUUUGGUUCGAUGUAUCCAUUUAUGUGGUUGGCACUUUUUGAUAGAUCCUUGUUGGACACUGUAUCAGUUGAGUAUUGGUGUAAGUUGUAAGUUGGUUAUGUAUUCUCAAACUGUAUGAAAAUUAUUGAACUGGUAAAAUGUCAGUACUUCAAAUAGAAUAUAUCCAGCGAUGGAUGCUGCUAAUGAAAUUACUCUUGUGUGUAUUCAAGAGCAGGACUUGAAGUGUUUAUUACAGUGAGUUCUGUCAGCUAUAGUGUCUGUAAAUGACUUCGACAACUGCAUGAUUUUGACACCAGAGGCUGCUUUUAAAUAUCUGUGACUUAAAUGUACUCAACGUUUUCUUUGCUAUGUUGGCUUCAUACUUGAUGUUGUGUUUUAACAGUUUUUACAGACUUUGGUCAGGUGCUUUGCAUGGUGUUUUGCUGAUUUCAUUUCAUUUGGAUUCAUUUUUCAGUCAGACUGUUAAUGGGUUUUGUAUUCAGUAAAUGAAAUUAAAUCUGGUCGUAUCCCUCAA